AUGUGGACCAAAUCCAAAGAUAAUUCAUACAAAAAUAUAUCAAUUUUCAAGGAAAUUGGCCAGUAUGUCUUCGUUAAGCCUAGAGGGUUAGAUGGGUCUAACAAUUCUCUUAGAGCACUCAUGCCUGAUCUUAGGGAGCUUCGAAGCUUGAUAAAACCCAACAAUACAGAUAACGGCGAUGCAAUUUCUUCGAUUAUAUUGGCAAUUGACAUGAUAGCCAAAUAUUGCAAGAAGCUUAAAUACAAGAGAAAAAUUGUCCUUGUUACCAACGGAAAGGGGCCUAUGGACCUUGAUGGCAUGGACACUAUUGCAGAAAAGAUAAGAGAAGAGGGCAUUGAGCUUGUUAUUCUCGGGGUGGACUUUGAUGACCUUGACUUCGGUGUUAAAGAAGAAGACAAGGAUGCAGUUAAGGCCGAGAAUGAGUCUUCACUUCAAAAACUAUGUGAUGUCUGUGAUGGUGUCUAUGGUACUUUGGAACAAGCGAUAUCCGAGCUUGAUACCCCACGUGUUAAGGCUGUGCGAGGAGUACCCAGUUUCAAAGGGGAUUUCAAACUCGGGGACCCAGACAAGUAUGAUUCUGCACUAACAAUCCAGGUGGAAAGGUACUUUCGAACGUAUGCGGCCCGACCACCACCUGCUAGUUCAUUCGUAUUAUCUGGUGCACCCCCAGAAGUUCAGGAAACUGGAGAUUCUUCAGCAAAUUUGAAGGACGCAAGAACUGACACUGGAAAGAGCAUCUCGAACGAACUAACAAGUGUCAGAAAUGCGCGAUCUUACCAAGUCACUGACAGUGGAGUAGUGGGCGGCAAGAGAGACGUGGAGCGUGAUGCCCUUGCAAAGGGAUACGAGUAUGGCCGGACGGCGGUGCAUAUCACUGACACGGACGAAAAUAUAACGAAGCUUGAAACAAAGGCUGCGUUGGAGAUAGUUGGAUUCAUCCCAAUUGAAAAUGUCCGUUUUAUCCCCAAACCUAUCUUGAUAAUAUAA